CAGAGGCUUAUACUAUUCCAUGGCUAUUGAAAUUCCAAAGGUGAACUUGAGCUCAGGCACCGGAGCCAUGCCCGUUGUAGGCAUGGGCACUGCCUCAUAUCCUCCAGUCGCACCUGAAACCAUGAAAGCUGCAGUCUUUCAUGCCAUCGAGAUCGGUUAUAGGCACUUCGACACGGCGUCUCUCUAUGGCUCGGAGCAGCCUCUUGGAAAAAUCAUUGCUGAAGCUCUACAAAACGGGCUCGUCAAAUCCCGAGAUGAGCUCUUCAUCACCUCCAAACUAUGGUGCACCGACAACCACCCGGAUCUUGUCCUCCCAGCACUCAGGAAGACUCUUGAGAACCUUCAAUUGGAGUACAUCGAUCUUUUUCUUGUUCAUUGGCCUGUGAGCAUGAAGCCUAGUGAAAAUAAAUUCCCACCUGAGAAAGAUUCUUUACUUCCUAUGGAUUUCAAGUCUACUUGGGAAGCUAUGGAGGAGUGUCAGAUGCUCGGCCUAACUAAGUCCAUAGGAGUCAGCAACUUCUCUUCCAAGAAGCUUGCUGAAUUGCUCUCAACGGCCAAGAUCUCUCCUUCAGUCAAUCAGGUGGAGAUGCACCCGGUGUGGCAGCAGCAGAAGCUGAGGGAGUUCUGCAAGAUGAACGGUAUCCACGUGACUGCUUACUCUCCGUUGGGGGCGAAAGGAACUCCGUGGGGCUCCAAUGAUGUUAUGGACAGUCCAGUGCUGAAAGAGAUUGCUGAGGCUAGAGGAAAGACUGUUGCUCAGGUUGCAUUGAGGUGGAUAUACGAACAAGGGGCAGGUAUGGUGGUAAAGAGCCAUAACAAGGAGAGGAUGAAGGAGAAUAUUCAGAUCUUUGACUGGGAAUUGACAGAAAGCGAGGCCCACCUGAUCGGUCAGAUACCUCAGCGGAAAGGACUUCCUGGAGACCAAUUCGUCUCAGCCACUGGGCCUUACAAGACUUUGGAGGAGUUGUGGGAUGGGGAGAUCUGAUACAAAAGGCUGGCUAUGAUCUGUACUGUUGGUGGGUUGAUUGCUCCGUGGGGCUCACUUGGGCACAUGAUCAUCUAUUUUAUGGGUGCUGCAUGGGGUUGGAAACUGUAUAAACUGUGUCAGGUCGACUAUCCUAUCUGUUUAGUUAAGAAACGAGAAUUGUCAUCUUAUACAAGUGGAAGAUAAGGUAAUCUGGGAUGGCUGUAUCAGAGUAUGUAUAGUUGUACAUAAUGGACCGUUCAGGGAAUGUUAGGACAUGCUGCCACGUGGCAACCUUAUGCC